ACAUUUUCUAGUAGAGGAUGCUUCUACAUAGACUGUAAUAACCUUUACUGCAAACAUAGAAUUAAAAUUAUAUCCUUAAGAAUUUUGUUACAGGUAAACGUUACUUCUACAGUACAGCUGAGUCCCGGCUUGGUCUGGCCAAUAUUGCAUUAGGGGCUGGCUGCACAAAACUUGGGCCAGGUCUUCUUAGGCCCGGUCCGGGCCUAGGCCAGCCAUAUCGGGACCCGAGCUGGCCUGGUCUAUUGUUAGCCCUAGGUGACAAAUGCAAUAUUACCAUGGGAGUCACAAAAUCCUUGUCCCAAAUGGAAAAAUGGUGUAUUCUCAGACACACAUAUUCACAUGCAAUUCCCUUUUAAAAAUCUUAGUGAUGGAUUCAAGAUCUGAAAUAUAUGUUAAAGUCUCUCUAGCUGCAUUUUCAUACCAAGAAAUAGUGCAGAUCUAAUGAUAUUCAAAUAAUUAAAAUAAACAACCGAAAGACAAAAUUCAAAAUAGCCAACUUUUAAGGUUGAAAAUCCAUCCCCUUUUUUAUUUCAUAUUCAUGAUCGUGGUGACCGAGAUUACCAAUACGCAUCCAAAAUCCAUCUUGGAAUGAGAUGCUAACGCAUUAAAACCCCAUCUCCAAAAAAUCUCUACUCCAUCCAAUACAAUUUAAAGGUGAGGGUUGUUAUGGCAAAUUUUGAAAGGAAUCAUGGCAUUUGCUCUUCAUCCAGGUUUAGAAAAUUUCCCAAGUAUCUUAAUUGUUCAUACUUGAAAAGGCCAAGAAUGCUCUGAUCACCAACAUUGUUUAGAAAAGGAGUUCCUCGUAGUUUUUGUAAGGACAAGGGAAAGAACAAGUCAGCUUUGUACUUGACACCCAAUGGCCCUACAAGUGGCAUCGUCUCAUUGAGCCGGCUCUACUUAUACAUCAAAUUUGCAUUAAAUUUAGGCCUUCACUUACUAAGGCAUGAUAAUCAACUCAUUGGGGCUCAAAUUCUCUUCAAAACCAGGAAAAAGAGAAGCUCAGUUCUCUUCAAAACCAGGGGAAAAAGAGCUCAAUUCUCUUCAAAAGCAGGAAGGAAAAAAGGAAGAGGAGAGAGAAUCGAGGCACUUUUGAGGUUGAUCAUUCAAGAGUUGGAAGGGAAUCAACCAGUUUGAACGAACUCCCUUCCGUCACUGAGGAAGCAAAGAAAGAGAGGCUUCAACACUAGGAAAGAAAAGAGAGGAAGAAAGUAGACACAAGAGAGCAACAUAGGUUGCUAGCACCUUGAGCACUAGGAAAGAAAGGAAGAGGAGAAGAUUGAGUAACAUGGACAGGCUCAUAAGGUUUGAGCCAUCGAGCAUGGUGGCGAUACGCAUUGAGCCCGGACACAAGUGUAGCGGCACAGUCACCUUUCGCAACGUGAUGCACACCAUGCCUGUGGCCUUCAGGCUCCAGCCAGUUGAGAAGGGGCGGUACGUUGCGCGCCCCCAAUCGGGCAUCAUCCCGCCCCUUGGCACCGUCAUGCUCGAGCUGUCCUACAAUAUGGCCCCCAACGAGCAACUUCCUGAUAGUCUUAUCCCCUAUCCGGACCACCGUUUCCUCCUCCACAGUGUUGUGGUCCCAGGCGCUACCCUUGCCAGCCAUGCCUUGGAUAAUGUUCCUCCGGACUGGUUCACCGCCAAGAAGAAGCAGGUAUUUGCCGAUAGUGCGCUACGAGUCAUGUUUAUAGGGGCACCGGUGUUGGCGAAGCUUGUCACCGAUGGAAACAUGGAAGACUUGCGUGCGGUCCUGGAGAGGGAUGACACCCCUGGUGCUGCAGAUUCGACAGACCAGAAAGGCCACACCUUGCUUCACCUUGCGAUUGCUUCUGGCAGAGCAGAUUUUGUCCAGUUGUUACUGGAAUUCCAUGCAAACCUCGAGUCCCCGAGCCGCUCUGGCCGCACCCCUUUGGAGGCAGCAGCCGGUGCCGGUGAGACCCUCAUCGUCGAACUUCUGCUGGCACGGGGUGCAAACCCAGACCGCCAAUCUGGCACGUGGGGCCCUCUUCAUCAGGCCACCGCUGGGGGGCACCUGGAGGUGAUGCGACUGCUUUUCUUGAAGGGGGCAUCCCCAGAUGCGCCAGCCUGGGACGGGCGCACCGCAUUGCACCUUGCAGUUGAGGAUGGACGCAGGGACUGCGCGCGGCUCUUGCUUGCCAACGGAGCCUCUGUUGAUGCACGCUCAGACUCUGGGGACACUCCACUCCAUGUUGCCGCAGGCAAAGGCGAUGAUCCGAUGGUUAGGCUCUUGCUUCAAAGGGGUGCAAACAAGGACAUACGCAACCGAUCGGGAAAAACUGCCUAUGAUGUGGCCGCUGAGUGCGGGCACAUGCGUCUCUUUGACUGCCUCAGGCUUGGAGACAGCCUCUGCAGGGCAGCACGCAGGGGGGACACGCGUGCUGUCCAGCGGCUGCUUGAGUCCGGGGCCUCAGUGCAUGGCCGCGACCAACAUGGCUGGACCGCGCUACACCGAGCUGCAUUCAAGGGAUGGAUGGAAGUUGUCAGGGUUUUGGUCGAGAAGGGUGCGGAUAUCAACGCAACAGACGAGGAGGGAUACACACCAUUGCACUGCGCCUCAGAGUCGGGACAGGCAGAGGUGGUGGAGUUGCUUGUGAAGAAGGGAGCCGACACCGAGUCUAGGACCGGGCAGGGGGCCACGGCCAUACAAAUAGCUAGCUCCUUGCACUACUCAGGAGUUGUGAGGCUCUUGGGAAAGGGGAGCAAUGGCAAGGGCCAGGUAGCACCAGUGCUUAGAACCACCUUUGAUAGUCUUGCAACUGAUAGCCCAACAAGCAAGACGAAGAACAAGCGAGGAGCUUUUCAUGAUAGAAAAUUGUCCCUUGUGUAUUAGGGACUCCAAACGGGCCAUUUAUAGUUAUUGUCAUUAUUGUUUUUACCAUUAUUGGUAGGAUGCAAGACAGGGACUGA